AACGGUCCUCCAGGUCCAUGUCCGUCGAUCCGGAGCUGCAGUCAACGCAUGCGUAGUCGCCACCCUUUCCCCCCCACUACCCCAAACAUAAGGUCGCCAAUGGUCAGAAACAAAAAGGGAGACGAAGUGUUGGGAGAAACUUGGUUUCUGGACCUACAGUCGGUGAGAAAUCAGGCCGAUCAGUUGGGGUGAUGGAUGGAUGGGUAGACUGACUUCGGGAACACCUCAAACCCGGAUAAGCGUCUUCAUUUGCACCAAACAGUGGAGCUGCCAAAUCCCUCCAUUGACCAGUCCGAAGGAGACGAUCGCCAUCUUUGAUAUGGGCACUGGGGAAAGGGGUGACUGUGGCGUAGGGUGGCAACGAGUGGAAUGAAUGAGGAGCUUACUGCCCAUUGUUCGGAAUGGAGACAACUUGUCCAUCAAGCUGCAUCCGCCUUUCACAUUCAAUAUCUUAUUGAUUAGCGUUCGGGUUUGACAACCUUUGCCUUGGUGUUUUAACAAAACAAAGGACUGUAGAUGUUCGAAGUUAGAAGUCUGAAAUAAAAGCAGAAAGUAUGCAAAACUGAAGAAUUCUAGUUGUGAAGCUCAAAGCUAAAAUCACAGCAGGAUCUGAAGGAAAUUUAUUGUAAUUUGAGUAUCAUUGGACUCUGAACAUGGUAGAUAAAGAUGUAAUUGAUAGUGGAGAGAAACUGUACACAUGUUCUGUGUGUGGACGAGAUUUCAAUCGAUCAUCUGGCCUGUCAAGACACAAAUGCAGUCACAAUGGGGAAAAGCCCUGCAAAUGUGUGAACUGUGGAAAGGGAUUCACUUACCCAUCCCAGUUGGAAACGCAUCAGCGCAGUCACACUGGGGAGAAACCGUGGAAAUGUGGGGAUUGUGGAAAGGGAUUCAAUUAUCCAUCUGAGCUGGAAAUUCAUCGGCGUAGUCACACUGCAGAAAAGCUGUUCACCUGCUCUGAGUGUGGGAAGGAUUUUUCUCACUUUCAUACCCUACUGAUACACCAGAGAGUUCACACUGGGGAGAGACCAUUCACCUGCUCCAAGUGUGGGAGAGGAUUCAGUACGUCAUCCCAUCUACUGAUACACCAACGAGUUCACACUAAGGAGAGACCUUUUAAAUGUCCAGAUUGUGAAAAGCGUUUUAAAAGUUCUGGGGAACUGAUGUCCCAUCAACGUGUUCACACUAAUGAGAGACCGUUCAGAUGCAUUGAAUGUGGAACUAGAUUCAGGCACUCAUGUCAAUUAACUGUACACCAGCGAGUUCACACUGGGGAAAGACCAUUUGCCUGCUCCAUGUGUGGGAGAAAGUUCACUCAAUCAUCCGACUUACUGAAACAUCAACGGGUUCACACUGACAAGAGACCUUUUAAGUGUGCAGACUGUGGGAAAAGCUACAAAAGUGCUGGAGAACUUCUGUCCCAUCAAAGAACUCACACUGAUGAGAGACCAUUCAUGUGCUCUCACUGUGGGACUGGGUUCGGGCGAUCAUCUCAGCUCACUGAACACCAGCGGGUUCACACCGGAGAGAGACCAUUCACCUGCUCCAAGUGUGGGAGUAGGUUCACUCGGUCGUUCAACCUGCUGAGACACCAGCGAGUUCACACCAGGGAGCCACCGUUCACCUGCUCAGAGUGUGGGAAGGAAUUCACUCGUUCAUCCACACUGCUGACACACCAGCAAGUUCACAUGCACUGACGUUGUUUAGGGAAGAGUGGUGCAGUUGCAUUUGAAGAUGAAGACUGUCCUGAUAGGCUGAACUGAAGUAAGGCUCAGGUGAAACAUGGCUUGGUGAAUCCUGCACCUCCUACACUGUCUGUCUUUCCUUUGGAAGGUGCAACAACAACUGCAUCGUGGAGAGUCAUCCUGAGUUCUCCACCGAGAGGUGCUGACAGCACAGUUUACCAACAAAGCACAGAUCAAGGUGUUCUGAAACAGGAAGCCAACAUCACACCAUCAGAACACUAUCUACAAAUACAACUGACUGUCUUUGAGAUGUUGUCCAUCCUUUUGCAUCACACCCCACUGUUCCUAAAUAACACCUUUCGUCUUCAUGUGAUCUGUGCAUUCGUAGAACUGUCAAGAAUGCAACUGAAAAUUGUUUGCAUGCUUCAUGUUUGUAACAUAACACAUUCAUUAAGUGAAAUACACCAGAAACUUUUUGCAAAGAGUUUCUUUGUCUUUAGGUUUUGCUUUUACUGAG